GGCGCGGCCGGGCGACCGCCGCCGCUUCAGUCCUUUACGACCCACGAUGCAACUACCCGAGCCGCCACCGCCUCCUCUCGCGCCCCUCUGGGAUCGUGUACUGCGGGCGCGAGCAUUGCCACCGGACCUCGACGUGCAACUCCUCUACAUAGCCAUCAAGGACCGUCUUACCCAUCCUGAGUGGGAAGUCCGGUUACACGCUCUCAGAGUCCUCGCAGACUUGCUGCCCUUAUCCGGCAAUGCACUCUCCUUCCCGUUCGAUCAAGUAAUCGACAACCUAGGACACAGUUCACCAAACGUUCGGAAAGCUGCCCUGGACGCGCUAAAAGUUUUCUGCAACCACUGCGAAGAUCCCGAAUGUGCGGCUCGUGCGAUCAUAGAUAAGUUCUCCUACAACAAUAUUAGACCACACUCCGCUGAAAUGGAUAGCAAAAUAAACGUCAUUACCGGUCUUAUACUUUCCAUACCGUCGGUUAUAGGGAUUUUGAAACGGCGAACUUCCAAUCUGGAUAUGUUUCCUGUAUUUCAAAUUUUGGGAGAGAAACUUUUUGACUCUAUGCACAAAGAUGUUGCUCUUCGGUCGCUCAUGAAAUUACGCAGGGUAUGUGGACCUCAUCAAUAUACAUUUUUUUUCUCACAGCUAGAUAUAAGGAUUCAAGAUAAAUUUAGGCAUUUAUGUGAGAUGUAUGACGAAGAUUCAAAAGAUGUUUACUAUGCUCCGAGAAAAAUGCGGAAUCAACCUCUUGUGCAUAUUAAUCGUGUUUUUAAUAACUCGACGAGCCCUAUCUAUUUAUCAACGGACUCUUCAUCAGAAGAUUCCUUUAGAAUGCCUUUUAAUAAUAAUAAUUAUGCUAAAGUGAUAAUUGAAACUGAAAUUAAAUUUGAUUCGGAUACUGCAAUUACAAUGACUGUGUUAGAACAAAAUGAAACAGAAUCGGAUAAAAAUACGAUAAGCGACGAGGAUUGUGAUAGUUCUGAUCGUCUCAUGUUAAAAUAUACUGACGGGGAUUCAGAGGAAGAUUCUGACGUUGUAGUUAAAAAAGUGCGUUUCGGUGGUGAAAGUGUAAAAAUUCGGACCCCUGAUAGUGAUAAUAUAGUAUCAAGUGAGGACGAUGCUAAUCAUAACCGCCAUUUAGCCUUGUUAGAAAAAUCUAGAAUAGAAGAAGUGUUACCAGAAACACCAGCCAUCGUAAAUAAGAUGAAUGAUUUAAAGCGCGAAGCUCAAGAAAGAGAAGCACGUUCAACUUCUAGAAAAAGUGGUAUUCCUCUUCCAGUUAUAUCCAACAAACAAACACAUAAAGGUGUAUCGAAACAUACCAAAGUAAAAGUUAAAUCCAAAUCACUUAAUGAGUUAUAUGACUAUUUCAAUAAGAAGAAUGAAAGUACAGAAGGGAAGGCGAGAGAUAAGUCGGGGUUCGCUUUGACACUAGUAGAAGUACAGAAUACAGACAAAGUGCCCAGUCCAGUUCAAUCUCAUAGAGAAGUUGAAGUGUUGCACAAUUUACAAAGGAGUCCUACAUUGUCACCACGCAGACAACAGACUCGUGUUAUUGUAGACCAUGAUAGGUUUAUACUCAAUCUCGUGGCAUCCUCGCCACCUGAGUCAAUGCUGCUGUCCCCCCGGCCACCCUCUCCGUUGCGAGGGCAUUACGCCUGGGAAGACCUGCAAGUGGUGCCGAUACACAUCUCCGAUCAGCUGCAUAACACGGAAAACUGGAUAGCAGCGGUGAAAGCCGCCGACCAUCUUCACAGCACACUGCUAGACCAUGAAAAUGUUCAAAAAGUGGAACCUGAGGUUUUUUCCCUUGUGCAACACAUGUGGGCGCUUAGCGAUGCGGUGUCUGCAGCCCGGGCGCCAGCAGAGGGUGCUGUGUGCGCAGUCGUCCGCAGCGGGAGCUCCUCCUGUGUCAGGGAAGUCCUGCCCGCAUUGAUCGCGAGGAUGGCGAGGGACCCGCCUCCAGCCGCACUGCCACACGCAUUGCUGCAAAGGAUGGCGUUGCAUCACCUCGUUGAACUGAUCUUCGAUGCGGAUAUGAUCGGGGGAUCAGAUAAAGAAGCAGAGAACGGUCAACUGCGAGCGGCGCUGUGCUUGGCAAGAGCUGCGGGUCCGGCAGCAGUGCUUGCGGCUGUGCGUCGGAGGCUCAACGGAUCUCCUAGAGCUGAUGCCUUCUGCAAUAAGUUACGUGAACGUCUGACCAGACCGACGGAUCACAUUAGGCCGACCCCAGCUCCCAGAAACUCUCACCUCCCGGUGGCGACCCGAAGACGAGCUCGGUCUACGCCUCCCGCUGCUCCACCACCCCGCCCUCGAAGGUUGCGUCCGCUGCCAGACUCUGCGCCGCUUCCAGGUGUUUCGCCACCUGGAAGAGAUUUCGUCUUGAAACCUAUAACUGCGAUACAUCUUAUCGACGAUAGAGUCACUACCGACAUCAUUAUUGGCGAGGAAGAGAAGAAACCGGAGGGAGAUGAAAAGGAAAUCGAGGGCCAUUUUACUGUUGCUGCCACAACAGAAAUCGAGAGCAAAGCAGACGAACGUCCGACAAAUAUACCACCGCUAUCUCGCACUCCGUCCAUACACGUCGAAAAUAUAUCUGAAAAUGCAAAAUCGAUAAAUGGCGAUGAUCUUUCUGAGAAGUCGAUACACGUGGAAAAUUUGUCCGAAAAGAAUAUUUCCUUGGGCAGUGUUGAAACGAUCGCAGAACAAAUUUCCAUUGAAAGUGCCAAUGCCCCAUCAGCGAGUUCAAGGCAAAGUCAAGUGACGUCUGAAGGAAUUAAAACGCCAACACCAAAACCGACUAGUGCAAAAUCGUUAUCGUUAUCCAACCUAUCAAAGAGCGCUGGAAAAUCUAUCAGUUCAACAUCAAUGAGGAGUGAACCAGCGUCCCCAGAGCCCAAGAGCGAAUACAUCGAGAGCCGAUCUUGUGAACGCGACGUUAGGACAGCACUAACGGAAUGUAUGAUACCAGCUCGACAUGAAGAUUGGGAAGUGAUUGUGAAUGGACUUCUUGAAACUGAACGGUUAGCGAAAGAUGAGUGGGCUAGAGCGCCCGCAUCGAGCUGGCGAGCGGUGACCCGUUCUGUUGCUGGCCACGUGCGCUCGCUGCGUUCUAGGGUCGCGAGAACUGCUUGCUCAACCCUCGGCACAUUAUUCGAGUUCCGCGGACGUGGACUUGACCCGGAAUUAGAGGAGGCUGUCAGUGCGUUGUUAGAUCGUUGCGCGGAUGUGAACCGUUUCUUGCGAGCAGAUGCUGUUGCUGCUCUCGGAAGGGUUGCUUGUGGAGGUAACUACACUCGUGCUGCCGUAGCAUUGGCACGGAGAGGAGCGUCGCAUCGUGGCGGACCAGUUCGUGCUGCGGCAGCCCAAGCUCUUACCAGGCUAGUACAGCAACACGGUGCUGUUCGAAUGCUAGAACUGCCCGCUGAACCUCGUACAGUAAUACUACGUGCAGCUGGUGAGUUGAUAGCUGAUGCGAGUCCUGAAGCUAGGAUGCACGCCCGCCACCUUUAUAUAGCGCUCUCUGAGGAUUCCCGUUUCAGGCAGCUUUUGAAAGAGGCAAUGCCAGUGAGUCGUUAUCGAGCAAUUGAAAAAUACGUAGACAAACUACGCUGUCGAUAAAACUAUAGUUAGAACCAGCAACGGCUAAAGUAAGAUAAACAUUCGCUCGAUCGCUAGACGAGGUGAAAAAAGAAAAAAUAGGUAGGUACCU